AUGGCAAACCUCAAAGUCGAAUUGACGGCGCCAAAUGGCAAGAAGAUCAUUCUUCCAACUGGCUUGUUUAUCAAUAACGAGUUCGUCAAGUCAAGCUCCGGCGACAAGAUCACCUCCAUUAGUCCCACUGACGAAUCUGAAAUUACUUCCGUUGAAGCUGCUUCCGCCGAUGAUGUCGACAAAGCCGUAAAGGCAGCACGUGCUGCACUCAAUGACCCCUCCUGGAGCGAACUACCUGCAACUGACCGAGGAGCGAUCAUGUACAAGUUCGCAGACAUUAUCGAGGCGAACAAGGAGACGCUGGCGACCCUUGAAACUUGGGACAACGGCAAACCCUACAGCGUCGCGCUCAACGAGGACUUGGGCGAGGUCGUUGGAGUUAUUCGAUAUUAUGCCGGGUGGGCUGACAAGCUACACGGCCAAACCAUCGAAACCAAUCCAUUGAAAUUUGCAUAUACACUUAAACAGCCGAUCGGCGUAUGCGCACAAAUCAUCCCUUGGAACUAUCCUCUGGCAAUGGCAGCGUGGAAACUGGGCCCAGCACUCGCCUGCGGCAAUACCAUCGUCCUCAAGCCCGCCGAGCAAACACCCCUUUCCAUUCUCUUCCUUGCGAGUCUAAUUCCAGAAGCCGGCUUCCCGCCAGGCGUCAUUAACAUCAUCAAUGGAUAUGGAAAAGAGGCUGGAAGCGCCCUAGCCUCGCAUCUAGAUGUGGACAAAAUUGCGUUUACCGGCUCAACACUUACGGGAAAGCAGAUCAUGAAGACUGCUGCAGUGAACAUGAAGAACAUCACCCUAGAAACCGGUGGCAAGUCUCCCCUACUGGUCUUCGACGAUGCAGAUAUCGAACAGGCCGCCAAGUGGGCGCAUAUCGGCAUUAUGUCCAACCAAGGGCAAGUUUGCACUGCAACUUCUCGCGUCAUCGUUCAGGAGGGUAUCUACGAUAAAUUCGUUGCUCGCUUCCAGGAGGUUGUCAAAGAGACCUCCAAAGUUGGCGACCCAUUUGCCGAUGACACCUUCCAAGGACCUCAAGUGACAAAGGCCCAAUAUGAGCGAGUUUUAGGAUUUAUUGAAUCUGGCAAAUCAGAAGGCGCAAAACUUGCGUCUGGUGGUGUACCACACAAGAAUGUUGGAGACGGCAAAGGAUUCUUUAUCGAGCCAACCAUCUUCACGGGUGUACAGGACAGCAUGAAGAUCUACCGUGAAGAAGUAUUUGGCCCGUUCGUGGUGGUUGCUAGCUUUAAAGACGAAGCCGAUGCUAUACGCAUGGCCAAUGACACAACAUACGGCCUUGGCUCGGCCGUCUUCACCACCAACAUCGAGCGCGCUCACCGUGUGGCAGCCAAGAUCGAGGCUGGCAUGGUCUGGAUCAACAGCAGCAACGAUUCCGACUUCCGUGUCCCCUUCGGUGGUGUCAAGCAGAGCGGUAUUGGUCGUGAGCUAGGUGAAGCUGGUCUCGCCGGCUACAGCCAAACCAAGGCUGUCCAUGUCAACAUGGGCAUGAAGCUAUAG